UUCGCGCUGAGUAACUGCGUCGUUCGUCUUCUACGACCGAGACGACAUGGAUGUACGGACAGAGAGGGCUCGAACGGCUGGCCGGAUAGCACCGACCGGACGCGUAACUCCGACCAUACAUCAAACAGGUGGAGGAAGAAGAAAAGCGAUACCGGUCCCGCCGCCGAGGGUGCCGACCCCUAUGCCCACCGCCAACAAUAAUCAACAAAAAAACAAUGCGAACGUGGACGCCCCGGCCGCGGUACCCCCUCAGAAGAAAGAGCCGCACGAGAACAUCGCCCGGAUAGCGAAGCGGUAUCUCGACGAUAACAUGCAGCAGGCGUGGAUCAAUCCUCGUCUAAUAUCGAUGAUAAACAUGGAGGCCGUCACGUCCACCGACUACGACUCGUCGAAUCUGAGCAGAAAUUUCAACCAGGUGGGGUUCAACACGUACAACUACUCCCAGUUCGAGGAGAAGUACAAGCCGCGGCAAGCGUUCAAGUACGGGGACGAGUAUCUGGAGUACGGACGGAACUCGGUCAGGUUGGGGCCGAACGAGAGGUUGGCGAGAUUAUCGUCCGCGAGGCAUCAAGAGGUUGCCGGGAGGAUCGAUCAGAGGUACGCGAGGAGUCACUCGCAGCCCGAGCGACAACACCAUUCGACCCACGAGACGCGGUCCAAGUCCCAAGAUUCCCGCGAAUUGACCUUCUAUCAGAUCGAUCCGCCAGUUCCCAGACCGGAGAACGUCCACUCGAAGACGCAUCGCGGUGUCGCGGUGGAGAAGGGUCAGGGCAAAAAGGAGUUGACCUUCUACGAGAUCGAUGGGCCCGCGUCGCAAGAAAAGGCGGCGAAAGACGGCAAGUCGGAGGGAGGAGGAGGAGGAGGAGGGAAGGACAAAAGCGAGAAAGGGACGCAGAGGGACAAGGCGCACGCCGGUGGCGGCCAGGAGAAGGCGCCGUGCCCUUCGAAACACCCGAAACAGGAGCAGAAAGCGAUCGCGCCACCCAAUUACCAGCUAAACAGGUCCCAGUCCGAUCUGACCGAUUCUCAACUGCCCAAUUAUUACAGGCAUCGGAACAAUCCUUACAUAGAUCCGCCCAAGUACAGGCAAUUCGACAGGCCGCCGAGGUAUCAGGAGACGCCACCCAGAUCCUCCGAGCCUCCGCCAAAGUACUCGGAAGUGGCUAGACGUGGUCAGGACGACUACAAACGCGUCCAGGAGGAGAGGGGCAAACGGCAAGGUGGAGGAGGAGGAGGAGGGAGCAUGGUAGUAGGCAUCGGUAGCGGUGGUGGCAACGGCGGCAGCGGCGGCGGCGGUGGUGGUAGUAACUCCAGCAGGGGAACUCAUGGCGCCGAGACGCCCUCUAAUCUGGCCAGUAUCACGCCAACCGCGCGAGAAGCAACACGCGCUCCUUCGUCGCGGUCGCGGCUCCCUUGCAAGUCGUGCGACACGCGUUGCCCCAACAACAACAACAACAACAACACCACCACCACUACCACUACCACCACAAUCACUACCACCAACAACAUUAACAACAACAACAACAACAACAACAACAGCAGCGGCGGCGGCAACUCGAACAAAGAGGAGGCGUAUCAGGAUGCGAGCGAAGACGGCGAGGUGAUAUCCGGCGGUUUCAGGUGUCACGGGGAUUUUUCGAAAGCGACGUCGUUCCAUCAUCACCACCACCACCACCACCACCACCAUCAUCAUCAGAAUCGGUGUUCGGGUGUCGGAGGCGGUAGCGGUUGCGGUGGCGGCUCGGUUCCCGGUAAUGCCUGCCAAAGUGGUUCCGGUGUGCCGUGCGACCCGUCGACGUGCGACAGGUACAAGGGUGCCGUGGAUUGUUUGCUGAAGGCCAGCGAGGCGGUGCAAGGUCGUCUGUGCGACAGGUCGAUGUUGAAGAUCGAGAAAGGUUCGAGCAAGGCGGUCGUCCACGGUAUCGAGGGGGUGGUGGUGGUGGGGAAGUGCGGCGGGGAUAGGAUGAAAUCGGGGCAGGAGCUCGGAGGUUACGGGAAGCACGGGGAGCAAGUGGGCGGCAAGUCGAAGGGCCACGAUGUCGGUCACGGGUUCAAGGUGGAGAACAUGAAAUAUUACGGCGAGUUGAAGGGCUACGACUUGAAGUCUUACGGGACCAUCGACAAGCCGGGUGCCGUUGUCUCUGCCCACGAGAAGUCCCAUUUGCACGGGGGGGAGAAGAACGGUCACGACAAGUGUCACUCCAAAGUGUCCUGCUCCUCCUCCUCCCCCUGCUCGUCCGCGAUGCAGAGUUACGGCCUGUCCAAGGUCGGCGGCGGUGAACGUCCAGCCGAGAAGAGCGUGUACGCCGAUCACUAUUAUCACCGAUCGUCGCACUCGAAGCCGCAAACCGCGUAUCAAGUGUACCAGGAGACCAAGUACUCGUACAACGUGAGCGGGGUACCGGGGACGCCGGCGCAGGCGAGCGCAGCCGCAGCUUUCUUCGCAAGAGCGGCCCAAAAGUUAAACCUCUCGUCGAGCCCGCACCGUCGACGUCGCUCGGGCGACGAGAACAUCGGCUCCGACGAGCAACCGAUCUUUCCCAAUGGAUACGCCGCCCUUCUUCUCAAAUCUCCGCCACCCGCGCCACCUGCUCUCCUGCGGAGGAUAGGCGUCAAGGAGCUCACCGGAGUCGGCAAGGUAAAGGUAAUGCUGAAGGUGUCACCGGGGGAAGGUGGAAGUUUCUUCAACGCCGAUAAGAGAAAGAAACAGGUGACGUUGGUCGAUCCAACGGCUGGGCAAUCUUCUUCGGCGGACGAUCGCAGGCCGACCGUGGCAGCCCCGAAAAUGUUCGCCUUCGACGCGAUAUUCACCGAGGAGGAUUCCCAGACCGAGAUCUGCUCGAGUGCUCUGACGGACGUGAUCCACGCGGUCAUCAACGGAACGGAUGGCUGCCUCUUCUGCUUCGGGCACGCGGGAUUAGGGAAGUCUCACACGAUGCUGGGAACGCCGGAAGCAGGGCACACACUAGGAGCGAUCCCCUGCGCGAUCGCCUGGCUGUUUCGAGGCAUAUCCGAGCAGAGACAGAGGACGGGAGCCAGAUUCAGUGUCAGGGUCAGUUGCGUGGAAUUAACCACCGGUCAACAGCAGCUCAGGGAUCUUCUCGCGGCUCACGCUAACGAUUCGGAGCAGUCGCCGGCCGUGUACUUGAGGGACGACCCACUGUUCGGUAGCCUGCAGCUGCAGCAGCACAGCGAGCUUCGCGCGCCGACUGCGGAACGUGCCGCCUUCUAUUUGGACGCGGCGGUCGCGGGCCGACAACGAGAGGACGGCGACGCGCACAUGCUCUACACCCUCCACGUUUAUCAGUACAGCGUCGCGGGCAAGGGUGGAGUUGCCGGAGGGAGAAGCAGGCUCCACCUAAUGGACUUGGGUAAUUCGGAUCGCGGCAAGUCGUCGGGAGGGAUCCCGUUGUCCGGGCUUGGAAACAUCCUGCUAGCGAUCUUCAACGGGCAGAAGCACCUUCCGUACAAGGAGCACAAGCUGACCCAAUUGCUGAAGGAGUGUCUCGGCUCGUUGACGUGCCACGCGGCUAUGAUCGCCCACGUGUCCCCUAACGCUCAGCACUACACGGAGACGUUGACCACCGUGCAACUAGCGUCCCGAAUUCACCGGAUGAGGCGGAGGAAGAUCAAGUUCGUGGGUGGGGGGGCGCAGGGGGCGGGCAGCGGGGGAAGUUCGGGGGAGGAGGCGGCGAGGCAGAACAGCGAGUGCGACCCGAGCUCGAGCGACCUGUCGGCGGACACGGUGAUCUACGUGGGGCCCAGCACCGACGACGCCACGGACGGGGAGCAUCCCCCCGUCUACAUACCCAGCCUCAACUCCGGGGACAAUCGCUGCGCGAUGGGGAGGGUGCUGAGGGGAUCCGCGGCCGAGAGGCCCUGCAAGAUACCCGAGGAGAGGAGCCCGGUUCACAAGUCGGCCAAGGCGGUGAAGACGUUGACGCAGACGGCCUCGAAGCAGACGUCCCCCGCCCACACCGCCACCCCCAAGGCCAGCCCGGCGAGGAAGAGCUCGUCGACCAAGGCUCUCCUCCCUUCGUCCAAGGUGAACGACUCGCCCGGGAGCAAGAUCCCGGUGGCUGCGCCCAGCGGUGGCUCGGACGAGCAGUGGAUAGACGGUCCGAGGAUCUCCAAGUCGAAGGUCGCCGAGGCUAGGCACAUGCUCAAGGAUCCUCACCACAAGAGGGAGACGUGGAUCGACGGGCCGAUGCAAUUGACCGGGCCGCCCACCUUGCAGCUGCACGCCCAGCAACAUUCCUCCGGUUACGGGUUCAUGGACAGCCACAAGAAGAGCAUGAUCAGGAAAUGGGUGGAGAAUCAGGCGUCGCAGAUUCAGAAGAGCAGGCACGCCGCGGCAAGGAUCGAGGCGUCCAAGUCCGUGUCGGGCCAGUCGUCCGGCCAGUUCAAGGAGUUGACCACGUUCAAGACGUGCUCGGGGAUGGACGACGACGACACCUCGUUGUCCACCGUGGAGAGCGACAGCUUGAAGGCGAACGAGAUCGAGGACAUUACCGAGAAACUGGGCGCCAAGCUGAAUCUUCUCAACGUGAAGUCGAACACGGAUUCGGGCCUCGAUCUGACGGCCAGCCCCGUAAUGGACGACAGCGUGGACAAAGGGAAGUUGGAUCUGCAGGAGGACGAGGACGAUGACGAGGAAAUCGUGGUGCCUCCGCCGUUGCCUCUGAUCGAGCCGCUGAGCAACGGAGUGAGCAGGGAGGUCUCGAUGGAGAGCCUGAACUUGUCGCACAAGGACAUCGUCUUGCCCUCCAGGCAUUCGUUGUCUUCCGAGGACGAGAUCUUGGAGAUCGUCGAGGUCGAGGAUCUGGAACCCGUCCCCAUGCAGGACUCGUGCCUCCAGGUGACCGAGGAGGACAUCGCCUUGUGCAUGGGGGAGAAUCCUUUGCCCGAGAGCGACCAGGAAGAGCAUCCUUUGAGAAUUCUCAGCCAGGAGAAUCUUACCGUCGUAUCCACCUUUACCGACUCGAUGUCGGUGAUGUCGGACACGGAACGGUACAGACCGCAGUAUCCGCCUCCGGUCGGCGCAGGUGUCCUGCCCAGGCCGUAUUUCGACCACGAGGACUUCCUCGAGCAAGAGACCAGGCACAAGUUCGACCAAUUGGCCCGGCUCCACGAGCUCUACCAAAGCAAACUGGCGCUGGCCAACGUUUCCAACUCGGUCACCUAUCAAAGGGAGAACUCCUCGAACGCGAACGUCAGAGAAACUCCAUCCGCCCCCGUCUUCCGUCCGCCGUCGCGAUGCCAAUCCUUGUCCCUGUCGGACGUGAUGUUCAACGACAACGCGAGCAACCACGGCAGCAUCUACAGCGAGCCGGCCUACAUAGCCGGCAAGUCUGAUCAGGAGAAGAUCUGCGACAAUUGUCGUCAGAGCAUGGCGAGGCCGGCCACUGCCUCCUAUUGGUACCCGAACAGCGUUGCGCACAUAGCCAGCCCCAGAAGGUACUGCGGCAAACUUGGCGAUUGCAACAUCUCGAGUCUGAGGCAUCCGGACGGAGCCUCGAAUCCUAAUCUGAAGGAAGAGGUGGAGAGGUUGCCGGGGAACGGUGCCUCCGGCUCGGAUCCGGAGGAAGAGUACGUCGAGGCGAAGAAAUUGUUCACGGCGGCGGAGAGGUCCGAGAGGACCGUGACCGGCAAGUCGGACAUCGAGGAGGAACUGAACGGCAAGAUUCAAGGAACGGCACCGCUGCAGUUGUCCAUCCCGUCACCGGCCCCAUCCUCGGGCCGAAUGCAGCGUAAAAUUACGAGUCUCGGCUCCUCGAUGGGCUUGAACAAGGAGGGGUACGAUUCUGGGGCGGACUCGACGCCACGGGCAGCGAAACUCUCGCCAGCCACUCUGUCCAGGCAUCGCGCCGAAAGUUCUGGCUACGACAGCAUCGUCAGGGACAGCGAGACCAGCAGCAUCGCGAGCGACUCGUCCAGGCAUACGGGAGCGCUUCAAGAGCACCAAGGUACGGUGGAACAGCGGGUGGCAGAGUGCGGGCUUCGGUCACGGGGCCAGUGCCGGGCCCAUCUGCCACGUCCGCCAUCCGCGGCCCCGGGGAUACUCGCGUACACAAGCGAGGACGUGGACAUCCUGGACAGGCGCGCGCGGUUGCGCUCGGAUCCACGUGGCACGAUGUCCAGGAUACACAACCUGCGACUACGGCAGCGCCUUCUUAGGCUCGAGCUGCGCGACGCUAAGAGGCGCCUCAUGGUGCCCGACUCGCGCUGGACCUACGAUCUUCACGUGGAGGAGAGUAUGGACUGGCGAGAUCCGUCGUUCCUGGAAGCGCUCGAGGCCGAGACGUGUAUCCUGCAGAAGCGCGUGCACGCGUGCAAGAGUCACGUUUUGUUGAUCACCUGCUUCGACUCCUGCCCGCGGCAAUCGUAUUCGAGACAGGCGGAAACAUCCACGGGGAUCCGGAUCACCUAACCUAGAUUUGGAUCAGCGCGCGCGACAGCGUGCUGAUCGUCAACGCGGUUCGCAGUGUGAACGAUUGGAGAGAGAGAGAAACGAGACGAGCGAGGUCGGUGAUGGGAGGAGGAGGAGGAUGGGAAUAUUUUUCUCACCAUGAUGUCGCUCGACUCCGUCCAUAUAGUUGUUAAAUGACAAGUUUAGUCGUGUAUCGUGAUCGUCGUCGCCAUUGUUACGCAUUGUCUAAAUAAAUCGUUUUCAUCCCCUUUUUGCCGAGGUGGAUGAAGCGCCGUUCGCGUUUAAGCCGUGAAUUCGCGUCACCUUUUUUCGGAUUCGGAAGAAAGAAAUUCGUUCCUUCCUUUGCGUCUCGAUCGCGACUUCGAAUUCAAGGUUUCUCGAAGGCGAUGAUAUCCGAGAUGUUUGCCAGCGAGGUUAAAAGAAAGAUUGUUGGCCGAGAUAGCGCGAGACGCACGCUUGUUGACAUUAAAAUAAUUUAGCGUACGAGUUGGUGCUGCAUUUUUUAUACCGAUCGAUCGUCGACGACUCGACUCGUAGGGGAAAUUCAACCGGGUCACCGUUUCUGCUCUUCGAAUUCGAAAUCGACCGUAUCGUCGAGGAAAUUACGUUAACGUAAUGUUUCGAGAUUAGACGAUAAUUGCUCUGAUGCUACUUUACUUGGGCCAAGCUUCGAGAACAGCGCCAACGCGAGUAGAGCAAGUAAACUUUACGUCGAAGAAUCGUGUCGUGCGUGCUUGGUCGAUCAAGGAUCGAGUAUCGAAUUCUUCUGGAAAAAGAAAGAAAGGAAAAAAAAAAAAAUAAUAAACGAACGAUGGAGGAUAAAAAAAUGAUAAGAAAAGAUAUCGUUCGAACCGACGCUCGAAUCCUCGAUCGAUGAUUUCGGAACCGAAAUUUAAAUCGAAUAGAUUCCUCUGGAAUUCGCACCGAAUUCGUGAAAAAAAAAAAAAGAAAGAAAGAAAAAAAGAAAAAAAUAAAUAA